AUGCCAGAAAGUAACGAACACCAAGCUCGGCGACAUGCCAUCAAGGCCGUCGCGCAAACCAUCUCGAAUCGUCCGGAAAAUCGAUACCAGCACAAAGACUUGGAUCACCUCCCCAUUCAGAUCCUCCCCAUGCCCCUGUCCGCCGAGGGGGACCCAUUAUUCGACUCUGAAUUUUUCUGGCCCUACCAGAAGCCCCUCCCAGGCCCUGAUGAGGAGAUAGAGUUUUCGCCCUCCAGCCCGAAGGAAGCCUUAGAUCCGAUGGACGAGGCACACAUCCUGAGCUACUAUUUCGGGCAUUAUAUCACAGAUGCCACACUUAUCCACAAGGUUGAUUGGCAACAUAAUCCUAGACAGCCCAUUGAGUUUCCAUGUUCCCUCUGCGAGCUUGAUAUUGAGAACCCCUUCGACUGGUGCGUGGGUGGUAUAACCGGUAUUCCGGGUGGGCCUCGGAUGAAAUGCUAUCUACUCGAGAGUGUGAACGCGGACGAUGAUCAGAUCACCCGUGGGGAGAUCUUAUGUAUGUGUCGAAUCAUGAACACUUGCCUCUGUUCCAGAAAGUAUCGUGCCCACCAAGUCAGUCCGGUGCUACUAAUUUCCUUCGUGGGUCCAAGACAUGCUCGCAUUCUCCUGGGCCAUCAUGAUGGCACCAACCUGGUGAUCCGUCAAUCGAAACGCUUUGCAUUCUGGGAACAGAACAUCCCAGACUGGAAGAUCUUACUUCGAUGGUGGUGCUCGUCUGCGGUCGGGGAUACCAUUAAUGGGUAG